UCUCCUUCUCUCUUGCCCAGUCUCCCCCUUUAUUAUAUUUUUGGCGGGCCCACCCUUCCUCCUCCUCCUCCUCCUCUCCCUUCAAAAGGAAUAAAUAAAGCAGGGAGGGUGCCCAGACUGAGCCAAGCAGCCCUGGCGAGUGGCUGGGCUUUUCCACCACCACCUCCUCCUCCUCCAGCUGCCUGUGGCUCUUCUUCCCUUGGAGCCUCCCUUCUCUCUCCAUUUAUUCUUAGUGUUAUUUUUAAACUUUUGAAGCCCUUCCAGGAUGAUGAUGAUGAUGAUGGCUCCUGACUCCUGGCGAUGGCUCUUCUUCCUCAGCCUGGCCCUUUCCCAGGGCUUGGUGGUGGUCCCCAUCUCGGCCGAGGGGCCCUUCCCUUCAGCCAACACGAUAAAGCGGUGGGUGGAUAAGAUGCAAGAAGACCUAGUGAGGCUGGUGAGAACAGCAAGUGGGGUGGAUGAACUUGCUAAAAUAUAUCAGGAAAAGAGAGAUUUAUACACUAUAGAGGCCAACAAUGCACAGCAGUUGGUGGAAAGUGCAGCCCGAGAGAUUGAAAAACUUCUGAGUAACAGAUCGACAGCCUUGGUGCGCCUUGCUGAAGCAGCAGAAAGAUUUCAGAAAGAACAUCAGUGGCAAAAUGAGUUUGCGACCAACGAUAUUGUCUACUACAAUGCAAAAGAUGACCUCAAUGAGUAUGGAAGAAAUGAGUCUGAAAUGGGCAGUCAGAGAAUCAAACCAGUAUUUGAAGAUGAUCCAGUUUUUGGCCGGCAAACAUCUUACCAGCAUGCUGCAGUCCACAUACCAACUGAUAUAUAUGAUGGCUCUACAAUAGUAUUGAAUGAAUUGAACUGGACAGGAGCCUUAGAUGAAGUCUUCAAAAAGAACAGAGAGGAAGAUCAAUCAUUGCUUUGGCAAGUUUUUGGCAGUGCAACUGGUCUGGCAAGAUACUACCCAGCAUCCCCAUGGGUGGACAAAAGUCGCACUCAAAACAAGAUAGAUCUGUACGAUGUCCGUAGAAGACCAUGGUAUAUCCAAGGAGCUGCAUCUCCCAAAGACAUGCUCAUUCUAGUUGAUGCGAGCGGCAGUGUUAGUGGACUAACGCUGAAGUUAAUCCGAACAUCUGUCAUUGAAAUGUUAGAAACCUUGUCUGAUGACGAUUUUGUGAAUGUAGUUUCAUUUAAUGAAAAUGCCCAGAAUGUCAGUUGUUUCAACCAUCUUGUACAAGCGAAUGUGCGGAACAAGAAGAAGUUGAAAGAAGCUGUUUAUAAAAUCCAGGCAAAAGGAAUCACUGAUUACAAAAAAGGCUUCAGUUAUGCCUUUGAACAGCUGCUAAAUCACAAUCACAGUGUCUUCAGAGCCAACUGCAACAAGAUUAUAAUGUUAUUUACUGAUGGUGGUGAAGAAAAAGCACAGGAGAUCUUCGAUAAAUAUAACUUGGAAAAAAAAGUCCGUGUAUUUACAUUUUCUGUUGGUCAACAUAAUUAUGACAAGGGACCCAUACAAUGGAUGGCCUGUGCAAAUAAAGGUUACUAUUAUGAAAUUCCUUCCAUUGGUGCCAUAAGAAUAAACACACAGGAAUACUUGGAUGUUUUGGGGAGACCCAUGGUUUUGGCUGGGAAAAAAGCCAAACAAGUCCAGUGGACCAAUGUUUACUUGGAUGCUCUGGAACUUGGCUUAGUCAUUUCUGGAACCCUGCCUGUCUUCAAUCUGACAGUUGACCAAAAUGACAGACAGAACCAACUCAUACUUGGAGUAAUGGGGGUUGAUGUGUCACUGGAAGAAAUAAAAAAACUGACUCCACGGUUUACACUAUGUCCAAAUGGUUAUUAUUUCGCAAUUGACCCCAAUGGUUAUGUAUUGCUUCAUCCAAAUCUUCAACCAAAGAAUCCCAAAUCUCAGGAGCCAGUGACACUGGAUUUUCUGGAUGCAGAGUUGGAAAAUGAUAUUAAAGUUGAGAUUCGGAAAAAAAUGAUAGACGGGGAAAGUGGAUAUCGGACAUUUAGAACACUGGUGAAGUCUCAGGAUGAGCGCUACAUUGACAAAGGAAACAGAACAUACACAUGGACGGCAGUGAAUGGUACUGAUUACAGCCUGGCCUUGGUAUUACCAUCCUACAGUUUUUACUACAUUAAAGCCAACCUAAAUGAAGCACUACUUCAGGCUAGAUUUACUGAAACUCUGAAGCUAGACCGCUUUGAUGAAUUUGGAUACACAUUUUUAGCGCCAAGAGAGUACUGUGGUCCUGUGAAAAUAACUGACAACAACACAGCAUUUCUUCUGAAUUUUAGUGAAUAUAUUGAUAGAUAUACUCCACAAAGUACUUCAUGUAAUGAUAUGGUUAUGAGAGCUUUGCUGGAUGCAGGAUUUACAAGUGAACUUGUUCAGAAUUACUGGAGUAAGCAGGACCCUGGGCAGGGCAUUACAGCACGAUUUGUAGCUACCGAUGGAGGAAUCACAAGAGUGUAUCCCAAAAGUGCAGGCGAAUACUGGACAGAAAAUGCUGAAACAUAUGAACAGAGUUACUACAAAAGGAGCUUAGAUAAUGAAAACUAUGUCUUCACAGCUCCCUUCUAUAACCGAAGUAACUAUGAAGACGGUAUCAUGGUAAGCAAAGCUGUGCAAAUAGAUAUCAAUGGAAAACUUCUAAAGCCUGCAGUUGUUGGAGUAAAAAUAAAUAUAACCAACUGGAUGGAAAAUUUCAUUAACAUCACCUCAAAGAAUCAGUGCAAAAGUGAACGUGGAUGUGAAAGAAACAGUGUGCAUGUUGAUUGUGUAAUCCUUGAUGAUGGAGGAUUUCUUCUGAUGACAACAUCAGGAGCUUAUAUUCCAGAGAUUGGAAAAUUCUUUGGUGAGAUUGAUCCAGGCCUCAUGCGCAGUCUUAUUAAUAUGUCACUAUAUGCCUUCAAUAAGUCUUAUGACUAUCAGUCUCAGUGUGAUCCAGAAGAAGAGCCAAGGCAAGGAGCUGGACUUCGCUCUGUCCAUGUGCCUACAAUAGCAGAUAUUUUACAUCUAGGGUGGUGGGCCUCUGCAGCUGCUUGGUCUAUAUUGCAGCAGCUCUUUUUGGGCCUAACAUUUCCACGUUUUCUUGGUGCAGUGGAAGUAGAAGAUGAAGACCUCAGUGCCAGCCCAUCAAAACAAAGCUGCAUUACUGUACAAACACAGUAUUUCUUUGGGAAUGAUGAAAAAACAUUUAAUAACAUCCUAGACUGUAUAAACUGUUCCAGACUUUUUCAUGCAGAGAAAAUUUCCAAUACAAAUUUAGUGUUCAUAAUGAGCGACAGCAAAGAUAUGUGUUCUCAUUGUGAUGCCAGGCCACUAAUGCAAGCAGAGAAACCAGAUGAAGGGCCUAACCCCUGCGAAAUGGUGAAACAACCCAGAUACAGGAAAGGACCUGAUGUCUGCUUUGAUAAUGAUGCUAAGGAGGAUUCAACAGACUGUGGUGGGGUCUCUGGCCUGAGCCCAUCACUAUGGUCUAUGGUAGGAAUCCAGUUUAUCCUGCUCUGGCUGUUAUCUGGCAGUAGACAUUGCCAGUUAUGACCCUGUUGAAACCAAAACCUGCGUAACAAAGCAAGCCUACCAUUUCAUUUGGAAAAAAAGGGGGUCAUUCUGCUCAGACAAAAUACGUUGAUAUCUUUUAAUCAGAAUGACUCUGAAGGCACCCACCGUGGCUGCAUGUUGGCGUGUCAGAUCCAUAGAUGUGUGUGAAAGCUGCAUCAUCUAGGCCAUCGGAACCGAAUUCUAUAUGUGCUUUAUUGAGGAAUUGCAGGAUUUUUGUGCUUUUGAAGACUUUUAUGUGAAAAGGGCUCCCCUUUAAAAGGUUACACAUUUUCUAUUUAUUUGAUCUUAGUUUUGAACUUGUUCCAUUCUUUAUUCUUUAAGAGUUAUAUUUUGUAAGGGUAGGGGAAUGUCCUUAGCCCUCUUAUUCAAAGAACUGGUAUUUCAUGCCUGUUUUCAACCUUAAUUAUGUCUGAAACAUAGACUUCAGUUUCUAUAAGAAUCAUUUCAUACUGGCUAGCCCAGGGCUUUCCUAAUGUUUGGGGGGGGCUAGUGGGCACAUUCAGAAUUUUUGAGGAAGUGGUAUUGGCCUCCUCACAAAAUAGUUAUCAUGGGAGCAUGCCUGUUCACAAAAUGGCAUCCACAUUUAGCAAGGGCAGCCAAAAAACCCUAUUCAUUUCAAAGAAGAGUGAGGUGAAGCUAAAAUACAAAUAGAUUGCCCUAGCUAGGGUGGAGGGGUCAUAUCUGAGAACCAAAAUAGAAAAUCGCUCCUUCAAGCUCAUGUUAGGCAGAAGACCAUCCUAAAUAUAGUCUUCUCAAACACCCCCCUCUGCAAGUACAGAAAAGACCAAGGUCCCAGGGUGCAAGGAUGCAGAAACAAACUCUAAAGCACCCACUCCACACAUUGUCCUUCCACAGUGCCCAACCCCUCUUCUACACAAAAUGGUUCCCAACAUUGACGUAAGAUUUUCAUCAUCGCGCCUACUGCUGUGCCUCAUGUUUACGUGUGGCAGGCCUCUUUCUUCUUUCACCCUUAAUUUCAGCUUUAACAGACACUGGGGCAUGCUGCAGAGCCAAGUGCCAGCCUCUAGCUAUUAUCUGCAUUUCUUGUAAAUGCCUCUGGGCCUAUCUCCAGAGGCAGUCUGGAAAAAUGAAGAUGGUGUUUGGAGGGUGGUGUUUAGCUUUUCAGGACACACUACCUGCCAGUUUUUUUUAAAAAGCUUUAAAAAUAAGGGGGACUUUGGAGUGCUUUGUGGGCACCAAGGGACCUGCAAGUGCUGCGUUGAGGUCUCCUGGGCUAGCCAGCUACAGAGAUUCUCCGAACAUAAAAUGCCUUAUCUUGAGUGAUCUUUUUUGCUCCUCUCCCCAAAUUACUACAAAUAGGAAAACAGCUAAGCUUGAGUAGAUCAUAAUAGUAUUUUUUCUUUGCAUUUUUGUAUUGAAAAAUCUUAUCAGUGACAAAAAAGAGAAAGAAAGAUGAACAGCAUAAUUUCUCAAUGGAGAGGUUAUUGAGAAUUUCAUGCAGAGAAAACAGUGGUUUUCAUCCUGAUCUUGGUAUCCAUUCUCUACUGCACAAUUGUCAAUGUCUAUGUCAUGGUUCCUGUUCUCAGAGCAGGUCCUUCUCACUAGCCAAGUUGUCAAAAAUGUUCAGACACAAAGUGUGUGAAUAAAAAUGUCUUUGUGAAUAUUGAACGUUGGUUUCCAAGGGUAUUUUGCAUGAUGAAGAAGUUGCUGCUUUGUUGUCUCUUUUAGUUUGCUUUUUUGCCCCUGCCCUUUAGAUGGUAGAGUAUUGUUUAUUUCAAAGGUAACUGAGUGAUUGUUUUGUUGUGUGAGAAACCAAAUAUUGCAAUGUGAUGCAAUUUUUAUCUUAAAACAGAUAUCUGAAUAUACUGUGCAAUGUAAAAGCGGAAAAGGGGUACGGUACAUUUAGUUGUCUGCACAAAUGGGAAGAGGUAGCUUUUAUGCUAACCAAAACACUCAUCUGACAUGAUGCGUGCAGAUAUUUUAAGUAAAUGAACUCAAACUACAGCCAGAUUUUUUGUGAAGAGUAUGUAUGCUCAGAUUUGUACCUCAUGGGUUUUUUGUUUGCUUGUUUCCAUUACAAUUAGUUCUGAUAGUAGCUGACCCCUCUAUUUUUUUAAGUAAAAAAAAAAGCAAGUAGGAAAAUCCAGAAUUUACUUAAAUAAUAUCAAAAUCUGAACAAAUGCGAGCCUUGAAUCUGUAUGUAUGUACAGUGAUACUUGAUUGUGAAUAAGAAAAAAACUUUUUAUAUAAACCUAGUAAUUAAUCGAAGCAGUGAAGUAAUUACAAUGAAACAAUAUAGAAUAGUAUAGAAACAGGAUAGAAUUCUUUUGUCCCAACUCCCUUUAUUGUCAGAACUAACCAGUAUUGCAAGACAGCUAAACCAAUGAAUGUGCAACUUUGCUGAUAUUGUAGAAUUCUGCGAAAAGCAGCAAUAUGUAAUUAUUUUCUUUCAACUGGGGCCCAUUCACAUUAUAGAAGUAUAAUACUAUUAUUCUACUUUAACUGCCAUGGUUCCAUACUAUAGAAUCCUGGGACUGGUAGUUUGAGAAGUAGUAUUUAGACUUAUCAACCGGAGAGCUCUAGUACAUCUACAAGACCCCAAAUUCCAUAGGAUGGAACAAUAGCAAUUAAAGUGGAAUAAUAGCACUGUAAUUUUGUAAUGUGAAUAGGCCAGAGGAGAAGCCUCUUUUCAAAAAACAAAAAGCAAAACUGUAAUAACCAUUGUACUGGCAAAUGACUCUCAUCUAAUGCUAAAUAAAACAUUUAGGGGGGAAAUUGGGAGCCCAUUACAAUGUAAUCAGUUCCUUUAAAAAAAUUAAAUUUGUACACAGGUAUAAAGUUUUAUUUUCAGGUUUUGCCAAACCCGGGGCUGAAUUAUUUUUCUCUCCAUCAGUUUGUACCAUGGCUGUUAAAAUCAGAGGCUGCAGAACAAUGACAUUUUGAGCAAGGUUGCUUAACUCUUUUAUGUAAGGUCCUGUAUGUUUCAGUAAAUGGAAAGAUGCAAGGGAAUCUGGCUAACCCUGAGGAAGCACUGCUUUCAAAAUAAUGAAAGAAAAAUAACUCAGGAGGAUCACAUUCAGCUGCAUCUGUUAGUCUCAGAGACAUGAUGUUUUCCCGCUCAUCAAUUAAUAUAUUUAAUGAAGAUGGUACUUGUGAGGCAGGGGAGUGUGUGGACUAUGCAUGUCUUUAUGUCUUAGUUUCUGUCACUUAAGAAGAUCAGUGGCAGAUUCAGUGCUGUGUUCAUUAGGUUUUUAUUUGCAAAGCAAAUAGAGUAGAAUUUUGUUAUUAUCUGGACCUUGUAAGAACAGAUAUCACUAUUCAUCUUACUUCUAUCAUAAACUGAUUUAUCUUGGCAGGAAUUGAUGUCGUCUUGGAAGAUCAUAGCUAUAUCAAGGAAUAGUAGUUGGGAGAGCAGUGUCUUAGGAACUGAGAAGCUGUAUAAGGCCACCUCUCUGUGUAGUUAAGCUUUUUAUCUGUCAGCAGUGGCUGGACACAGGUACUGAAGGAAAUCUGACCAAAGGAUGAUGGAGAUGUUGAUUCCAUGUCUUAAUCCCCCACAUCAUGACACUCAGACUUGCCUUCUUUCAUCUCUAUAGCAUCGUGAGGAGAGCAUUCUGCUUUCAUUUGUCCCACUCUGGUAGUCUUUCACCAUUAUUUUACAAAAUUCAUUAAAUACCACUUUCACACACCAAAAUCCAUGUGAACAUUUGGUGCAGAUGGCCAUUAACCAGUUGGUAAGUUAUGGUGCAACCACUGGAUAUAUCCUUCUGUAUAUAUAAUCUUCUUCAGUAUUGGAAAGAACUUUAAUAACAUUUGCUUCUUCAGUAGGCGUUUGUUCUGGCAUGCUAUUCUUUCUUCGCUCGGCUUUUUACCAGACGGCAUUGCCAAUUCUUUUUACUGUCAUUCUCCCAAUUUCUUUUUGAGACCAGCUCUAUGUUAAUUGUUUUUAAAGCUAGUACCUCUAAUUACUUCCUGUUCGGUAGGUCUAAGAUAUUGCUGAUAAAUGGCUUAGUUUCAUUGAUUAUUCUGUUUCUGAUGACUAAAAGUGGGAAUUUAAUUACUGCUUCUGCUUUUUAUUUUUCUUAAUGUAAAAUUCUGCUAUUUUGCAAUAUUUUUUAAAGAAAAUUAAUGAGGGAAAGAAAGCAAAUAUUUAUCUGUCCCCUGCCUCUUACUUACUGAGAACAGAAACAUACUAAUUAGAGAAUAUUUCAUUAUCAAUUCUAGGGUUGCAUUGAACAGGAAGCAAUGAGAAAGAGAGGUUUCUAAUAGUUGCAAGGUACUUUUGCUGGAUGGAAGCUAAGCUCUGGUGAUGGCCAUGACCAGAUAAUGUCGAAUCAUAGAAUCAUGAAGUUGGAAGAGACCACAAGGGCCAUUCAUUCCAAUCGCCUGCCAUGCAGGACCUCACAAUCAAAGCACUCCCAACAGAUGGCCAUCCAGCCU